AUGACCAAGGUACCAGCCAUGAAGAGGCUGCAGAGUUCUCCCAAUGCAGGGGCUGUCUGGUCCAUUAAUGCCUCAGAGAAUGUAGCGCAGGUAACAGACAAACCGAUGAAGAGCAUCAAGUAUAUGGACAGGGAAGUAAUAAACCUCAGAAAAGACCUUAGACGAAGCCGCAUCUUGAUCCAGUCCGUGAAGAUAGGCCGUGGCUAUUUUGCCAUGCUGAGGGAGGAGAGUGUGCUGAAAAAGAGGCAACAACAACUUCAGAAACUGAAAGAGGAAGAAAUAAAUAAAUUCCAACCAGCCAAAAAGAUGUCGGAAAUCCACUACAGAGACACCUUGUUGAGCACAUAUGAGGAUGAUAAGUUUAAGAAGUUGGGGGCUGGAGUCAUUCUUCGUCCCUUCACUCCCGUCCACAGCUGCAUCAUUUCCCCCAUGCUGCCCCAGGCUCACGUUGAGCCCCUCUUCCGCCAGCUCUGUGCCCUCCACUGGCUUCUGGAGGCCCUGACUAUCGACCACACUCACCACACCAUGAAGCCUGUGAUCACCUGCUGGAAUCCAAAGGACCCUGGUGGAAGCAAGAGUACAAUAAAAAAAAUCAAUAAGGACAAGUCCAUGGGACAGAAGUGGGAGCAAUUCAUCACAGCGUCAGCGCCAAAGUCCAAGAAAUACAAAAUUCCUUUAAUGCGAGCCGCCAGCCGCAAGCCAAGCCGUCGCGGCUCCACGCUCAGUCUGACCCGGACCAGUGCGGGGUCAUCCCCCCAGAGCAGCAUGCUCUCUAUGAACCCUGGCUCAGAUGAGCCCCAGAAUAUGACCCCAGUGACCGGCAGCAAGGACAUUGAGGACAACGAGUCGUCUUCAACCAAACCCGAGGAUGAACCUCUCCACAUCAAUCUGCAGAAGCUCCUGGAAAUGGUUCGAGAAGAUGCCCGGAGGACCAUCAUGCUGGAAAAUGGGAUGCAGAGGAAGGCACCCAGCAUCUUGUCAGUGUUCAAACAAACCAAGAGCGAUUCUGCCUUUUAUAAGGACAUGCAGACCACCUACAAAUCCAGUGAUAAAUCCAGCAGUACCAGUGGAGACAGCCAGAAGGCAAAAAACCGCAAUAAUCGUGACCUCAUCCUCUGCAAGAGUGGGGUAUGUGACGCCAUGAGGGCUAAGUUUUACAGCGUGGCCCAGGAGGCUGGUUUCUGCCUGCAGGACAAGAUAGAAAUCCUCAUGAAGCGCCAAGAGGAGAGAGGCAUCCUGAAGUUCCACUCCUUCGUCCGCGUCUCAAAUUUUCAAAAGGACCUGGCAAAGAUGCGACAACAAGUAGCUAUAGUAAAAGGAGAUGCAGACGAGAUCGCAGACCACUGGUACUUUGAUCUGCUGUCCAAACUGCCAGAGGAUCUAAAGAACUUCCGCCCUGCCAAAAAGAUCCUGGUGAAACUGCAGAAGUUCGGGGAAAACCUGGACUUGAGGAUCCGACCCCACGUCCUCCUGAAGGUGCUACAGGAUCUGAGGAUCUGGGAACUGUGUUCCCCAGACAUUGCCGUGGCUAUCGAGUUUGUGCGAGAACACAUCAUCCAUAUGCCUCAAGAAGAUUAUCUCAGCUGGCUGCAGAGCAGACUCAACAUACCCAUCCGGCCCUACAGUGCACUGACAUAG